CCAUGAAACACUCCCUGAGUACUUUGUCUUUUGGAACUGUCCUGAUAAUUAUUGCGAUAGCUAGCGGAGGAGAUGCUCAGUCCAAUGGUUUACUCGCGCCAGUGAAGGGAGUUAUAUCGUUCUUCACGAACUGUAAAUCGAAUAUGCAAGAGGCAGGUUUAGGCGCGGAUUCCUCAUCAUCAUCAUCAUCAUCAUCAUCAUCAUCGUCUUCGUCAUCGAGUUCGGAAGAGUCUGGAUCGAAAGCUGAGGCUGAACCUGAAUCAGAACCAGAGCCCGAACCGGGAAGUUUUGAUAUCAUAACUGAUUUGCACAAUUUAUUUAUUAGUACUAAUAAAGAAAAUGAAGAGUUGUCUGCGGCAUUUUGCUACGAGCCCCCGUGCACCAGCGUGUGGAACAGCGAAAUCAAUGAUGACAGCAAAGUACUGCUGCGGUAUAGAAUUAAAUGCAACUUCGACGAGAUAGAAAGAAAGGAUUUUGAGGAUCAUUUAACGCUCUGCGAUGCCAGUCGCAUGCCGCGUGAUUCCUGGGCUAAUCAGGCUUGGAGAGUUCUCUCAAUAAUGACAGCAGGUGGCAGGGAGGAUUGUCCCAUUCCCGCGGGAUCGUACACCGUCGAGAGAUCCGAUUUCGACGGAUAUAAAAUCACCUCUCCGAAGCCCCUGUCGUGCGACGAGAUAUAUUUCGAGCUCACCCUGGGUCACAACUCCUCGUACUUUACGAAUUCAUUGGGGCCGAACUUCAAUGUGAGAAAGGAAGGAAGUGAUUAAUUCCGUUACAAACAGCUGCUACUGUGGCAGUGAGCUCAGUGAUGAAUUUCUUUAUUUGAAUCUUACAUUACUUCGUAACAUUUAUUAUUCUGUAACAGUCGUAAAAAUUAUUUGGGUCCAAUACUACUCACGAAGUUGAGUUAUUGCUCAAUAAAUUCCAUUCGACAUGUUGAAUUGCAAAUCA